AUGUGGCGACGUAAUCCAGUUUUCCAGAAUCCGCGCGUGACCGUGUAUAGCCCGAGACAGCAUGCCGUGCUAAUGCCCCGGCCGCGCAUUCAUUUCAACAAGCACUUCGUCCCGGGGUCAGCCUUCACUUGGAAGCGAGAUGCAAACAACGUUGAAACCCAGACAGAAUUGGUGUCUUCGUUGCAAAAGACCAGACAACAGUUGGCAACUCUGGAAGCCAGCAGUAUCGAAGAAGACGAAGACGAACUCAGAAAAAUGGCGCUUCUUUCCCAGAAGGUCAAGCAAGAGACGAAGCUGAAGGAGGAAGGAAGUCGACUGAAAGCCGCUGCGAAUAUUGUUCGUCCAUUUUGCCAGUUUUACGCCAAGUAUGGAUAUUGUCAAAGGAUUUCCAGUGGAUGUCCUUUCAAUCAUCGUGCCACCGGGAUGACAAAAAGUUCUUCGAGGUACAAACUAAGGAAUUACGCAACCGGAUCGCAGAGUGCUCUGAAAUCAAAACAAGAGGCUCCCGUGUGCAAAUAUUUUCUGAAAUCUGGCUACUGCCUGAAGGGUAUUCGCGGUAUCUGCAAGUUCAAUCAUUCAUUCCGCUUGAGGCCCAACAUUUCGUUAUUUGCGAGGCCGUCGUCAAAUAUAGUAUUGCAGCGAAGAUCGGACUUUCAAGCUGGGAAAUUGCAAAAUGCUCGGCCCGCAUGGCAAUUGCAGCUUCAGCACAAUAGACAACAGUUUCAAAUGUCCGCGUUGAUGAAUUCUUCUCGAAGACAAACUUACAUCGCCUCUCGGCUGGUUGCCAAAAGCUUGCGGACGUUGAGGAAACCUGUUGCACGGGUUCCGCCGAGACCCGUGCCUGUUUGCAAAUUUUAUUUACGGCGAGGUUUUUGUCCCAAAAUGAAAACUGGCUGCCCUUUUUCUCAUCGGAGAUUCGGGCGGAACCGAGUGAAGAAAAACGCCAUCAAAAUUACGAAAGUCACCUCAGAGGAAAUGAUCGAGACGGAAGAGGAAGCACAAAAUCGCGCGAAGGAAAUUUUGCAUCGGAAGCGGGCGAUUAUAGCUCAGAAGAACAAGCUGAUCACUUGCACUCCACCUCAAGUUCCCUUCAAGAAGAGGCUAAAAACUCCGAGAAGCAUCGUUAGCAGGUUCAAAGUUGUCCGAAUACAUGUGGAACAGGGAGAACAGAAAAAUCGCUACGUUUUCCGUCGUUCGUUGUCCACGAGCAAGAGAGAGAGAACAGAGUCUUUCUCCACGUCCAAAAGAUCUGCGCAACAGAAUUAUUCGGCGAGGAGAUUAUCGUUGCUGAGGAAAUCGCUCAAGGCGUCGCCGCAAAGUGCCGCCAAAUUCCGUUGGAGAGCGAAAUCAGAUUGUGGAUUGUUCAUCAGGAGAGGCUUUUGUGAACGAAAGGAGAACGGCACGUGUCCUUACCUGCACGACUCGGAAAAAAUUUCCAUGUGUUCAAUGUUCCUUGCUGAGGGAAAAUGUGAUUUGCCGAGUUGUAUGUUGGUGCACCGUUCGACGUGGACCGGCAGACAGACUCAGCCAACGUGUGUGCUGCGAUUAAGAGGGCUUUGCGACGGAACCCGUGCAAACGGAAAGCCCUGUGUGUUCUUUCACCCGGAAGAACCAGUGGAAAAGCUCAAGAAACGUGUGCUGUGUGGGGAUUUCAUGCGAAGCGGCUAUUGUCGAUUAGGAAACGAGAUUGGGUCUGCAGAAAAAUUCGAAUAUGCAAAAGAAUGGGCCACUGAAUGCUGCAAAUCCUUCGUUGCCGUCGAUAUGUCUCCCGAGUGCAAAACAAAAGACUUGCUAACACCAGAAUUCCAUCCGAUUGUGACAAAGGGAGCGCGGCAAACAGGCGUUUCUGUGGAAGAGGGAAAGAAAUCGUCACCUGAAAGUGUUAACCCUGUUGGGUCGGAAGUGCUGGGAACAAAAACAAAAGAUGACAAGAGCCCGGUGGAGGCUGAGGGGAGGAGAGUCAAGGCGACUAUGCGGAAAUCGAGGGGAGGUGGGCCACCCCGGAAGCCGACGUCAAAACGGAAUGAUGCAAAACGCAAGCGUUCUGGCUCUUCUUCGUCAUCUUCUUCCUCAUCCUCCUCUUCGUCUUCUGGAUCAUCUUCCAGUUCCCGCAGCUCUUCUUCUGACUCUGGUUCGUCGUCCUCAUCGUCUUCGGGGUCAUCUUCUGGCUCGGAUUCGUCCACGUCGCCCGUUCGAGGCAAGAAGAAGCCAGCAGGAGGGAAGAAGGAUGAUAAGAAGGCAUUGCCGCCCGUGGAUGUGGGUAAAAAGGAUGAUAGGAAAAAAGUAGUCGACAAGGACGAGGAUAAAGAGAAUGCCGAAAAAGUUUUGGUCGAAGAGGUUAAGCCGAAGGAGAAGCCUAAAGAGGAUACUCCGCUUGCUGAGAAAGAUGCUCUGAAGCCGAAGCUUCGUACCCGUUCUCGUUCACCGCUGAGUAAAUCGAAAUCCCGGAGUGCUUCCCGAAGCCCGGUUGGGAAACGAAGGAGCCGAUCGCCGAACAGGCUCGUGGACCGGAGCAACGAUCGUGGCGCCGUGGGCCUGAGAGCAACUAGCCCGCCGCUGAAGCGUCGCCGGUCACCGACGCCGCCGCAGAAACCGAUCCGCGUCCACAUUGGCCGCCUUACGCGCAACGUCACCAAGGAGCACGUGAUGGAGAUUUUCUCCGUUUACGGAACAGUGAAGAACGUAGAAUUGCCGACGGAUCCUCGAGCGCCGCAUCUGCACCGCGGCGUGGCCUGGGUUGAAUUCACCGAUCCGAAGGAGGCCGAGGACGCCAUGAGGCACAUGGAUGGCGGACAAAUCGACGGACAGGAAAUUACGGCUGCGCCGGUGUUGGAAGGCAGCUUCAGGGACAGGAGGCGUCCGGGGCAAGGGCCACCACCGCAACGGAGGAUGUCGCCGCCUCCUAGGCGAGCUCCUGUUAGGAGACGUUCUCCUCCGCCACCUAGGUGA